AUGGAUUCUGACAGGGGGCCAUCACCUACCAACAGGAUUCCGCUGAUCACCAAUGUAUAUAAGACACUAAAGGGUUACAAGCAUUUUAGGAAGCUUGAAAAGCUAAUUAAAAGUAAAAGUAAAUCCCAACAAAAUGAAAUCAGUGAAUGUGUGGAUGAGAAUACACCCAUUCACAAUUUGACCCCCAGUUCAAUUGCCAAUUCUGCCGUCAGCAAUUUAGCUAAUUGUUCAAAUUGUACAACCAGUACUAAUUCUAUUAGUUCAAAAGACCUACAUGACUAUAGACAAUCUGAUAUGAGUAAAGGAUGCCUAGAUGAUGACAUACUUGAACAACUUGUGAGGGUCGAACAUGAGCGAGCCCACUUAACGAAUGUGCAUGAUACAUAUGAAAUAGGAAAUUCCACACCUAGUACAGAAAUUUGCAAAUGCAACAUAUGUAGCUUCUAUAACGGUUCAACUCCCCCCGCAAUGACUGGAAUUGACCCAGAAAUGUACCCCAAAUGUAUAUACAAAAGUGUUGGUGCUCAUGGGAUACAUGGUAUUAAACGGAAGAUUAUUGGCGCCAAAAAGUCUCUCUACAAAUAUAUAACGAAUCUUUAA